GCUCGCGUAUGAUGUGUUUGUUUAUCCUCAGUGUUUUCCUCUCUUGAGUGUUUUAUUGAGUGUAAACAGAGUCUUGUCUCUGUGUAUUUUAGUGUUGAUGAUGAGAUGGAUGUGAUGUGCUGUAAAUCAGGAACUGAUCAGGGCUUACAGGAUGAGGAAUCUACUGAUCAAACCUCCACAGAGUCUCUGGAUUCUGUCUGGAACGCUGGAGAACAGCAGCAGAUCCUGCAGACCAAACUGAAGAUGGAGGUGAAAACAGAACCCACAGAAGAGGAAGAUCACACUGAUGAUGAUGAUGAUGAUUUUAUUAACGUUAAUUCAGAUGUGAAGAGUGAAUUAUGUUUGGAUGAAGAAAUAACGUCAUUGACCCUUUUCUGCAUCCCCGGUGUAGAGUCAUUGAGCUCACAGAGCCAUUUCGAGAGAGAACACACAGAUCCGAAACUCUUCAUCUGCAGGAGAUGUAAGAUUAGCUUUACCACCUUACAAGAGAAAAAACUUCACAUGAAGACACACAAUAAUGAAAAGUCUUUCUACUGCAGUGAAUGUGGAAAAUAUUUAAGCACCAAAAACGCUCUUGAUGGUCAUAAGAGAGUUCACACUGGAGAAAAACCAUAUCACUGUACUGUUUGUGGGAAAAGGUUUAAUUCUUGGAGCAAUUUAGUGUCACACCAGAGAACUCAUACAGGUGAAAGACCUUACAAAUGCUUUAAGUGCGAGAAGACGUUUGCUCGAUCAGAUGUCCUGAGGACCCAUGAGAGAAUUCACACUGGAGAGAAACCGUACGUCUGCUCUCAAUGUGGUUGGAGGUUCUCUGAUUCAUCUCAUUUAAGUAUUCAUAAGAGAAUUCAUACUGGAGAAAAACCAUAUCACUGUAAUGUUUGUGGGAAGAGUUAUAAUUGUCGCAGCACUUUAGUUAAGCACAAGAGAAUUCAUACAGGUGAAAAACCUUACAAAUGCUCUCAGUGUGAGAAGACAUUUACUCAAGCAGGCCAAUUAAAAGUCCAUGAGAGAGUUCACACUGGAGAGAAACCUUUUGUCUGCUCUCAAUGUGGAAAGAGCUUCUCUGAUCCAUCUCGUUUCAGUGUUCAUAAGAGGGUUCACACUGGAGCAAAACUUUAUCACUGUAAUGUUUGUGGGAAGAGUUUUAAUCACCGCGGCACUUUAGUGACACACCAGAGAAUUCAUACAGGUGAAAAACCUUACAAAUGCUUUCAGUGCGACAAGACGUUUGCUCGAUCAGAUGGCCUGAGGACCCAUGAGAGAGUUCACACUGGAGAGAAAACUUACGUCUGCUCUUAGUUUGGUUGGAGCUUCUCAGAUUCAUCUCGCUUACGUUUUCAUAAAAGAAUCACAUUGGAGCAAAACUUUAUCACUGUAAUGUUUGUGGGAAGAGAUUUGAUCGCCGCAGGACUAUAGUGUCACACCAGAGAACUCAUACAGAUGAUAAAUCUCACAAAUGCUCUUUGUGUGAGAAGACGUUUACUCCAGCAGACCAUUACAAAAUUCCAUGAGAGAGUUCAUACUGGAGAGAAACCUUACGUCUGCUCUCACUGUGGAGAGCUUCUCUGAUCCAUCUUGUUUCAAUGUUCAUAAGAGAAUACACAGUGGAAAAAAGUUAUCACUGUAAUGUUUGUGGGAAGAGUUUUAAUCAACAUUUAGUGUAACACCAGAGAAUCCAUACAGGUGAAAGACCAUAGACUGUAAAAAAAGAUGGACGACGCCUGUUCACUCUCUUCCAUUGGUGAAAAUUGAAGCCGCCAGUGUCCCGAUAUGGCGCUGACAUCUUGGGUCUUGAGUCUGCGCAGUAGCGAUUUAGGGACCAGUCAUACGCAGUAGUGAGCAGGAAGUGAAGCCGCGAAAUCAAGACCCCAACCUCGCUCUCGCAGAUUGCGCAUAUCACACGAUAUCACAGCUGUCAAUCAUGACGUGACACCACCGUUUUUAUAUUAUUAAAUAACUAACUAAACACACUUAUUUUAAAAACGAACAUUUGAAUUUCCAUCAGCGUGAUAAAAACUACAGUAAAUGGCAGAAAUCAGCUUUGGAAAAAAAAUAAUUGAAGUGUAAUUAAAUUUUUUUGUUGGCCUCAAGUCCCAUUGAAUAACAUUGGGAGGCAGGCUUUAUUACCUAUACUGGGACCAGUCACUGGGGGGCGAUCGAGACGUUUUGGCUUCACUUUUCAGGGCUUGUGCGGCACGCUUGUGAAAGACCUUACAAAU